ACGCACCACCAUGACAGAUGCAGAGAAUGCCAAUCAGCUGCUCCCGCUGCGCACAUAAACUUCCCACACAGUCUGCUCCACACUUCUGACACACUUCACAGUAAACCAGCUUACCGACCUGCUGUUGACAACCGAAACAUCAACAGAACCCUCAGGGGAAAAUGGAGCCAUCGGUUCUGCGCCACGUCUAACGUUUAAGACCAGAUCCUGAUCCGUAAACUGAGGCAUGUUACCCCGCGAUGUCGCGAACCAGAAGCCAGGCGGGCGGGUUUCAGAGCCGUUUGACGGAGGAGACCGUCCGACGGUUCCGCCGCGGCGCUUCAAGAACCGGGAGUUCCCCAUGAGCGCAAUGCGCCGCUGGUCCGGUUCCGCUCCGGAGCGAAGGGUCAACUGCGUUCUGGUCGGAGACGGAGCCGUGGGGAAGAGCAGCCUCAUCGUGAGCUACACCACCAACGGAUACCCCACGGAAUACAUCCCCACCGCGUUUGAUAACUUCACCGUGAUGGUUGUGGUUGAUGGGAAACCAGUCAGACUGCAGCUGUGUGACACCGCUGGUCAGGAUGAGUUGGAGCGCCUCCGGCCGCUCUGCUACAAGAACGCAGACGUCUUCCUCCUCUGCUACAGCGUGGUUCGCCCCUGCUCCUUCCGCAACCUCACCAACAAAUGGGUUCCUGAGAUCCACCAACUGUGCCCCGGCGUUCCCCUGGUCCUGGUCGGUACCCAGCUGGACCUGAGAGAGGAUGUGGACGUUCUGAUCCACCUGGCGCAGAACCAGCAGCGGCCGGUGAGCACCGAGGAAGGCCAGAGGCUGGCCCUGGAGCUCGGGGCGGUGGGCUUCGCGGAGUGCUCCGCGCUGACCCAGAAGAACCUGAAGGACACUUUUGAUGCAGCCAUCCUGGCCAGCUUCCAGCAGACGGAGAGUACCGUGGCCCAGCAGCAGAGGCUGACUCUGAGGAAGAAGACCCCGGAUAAGAUUAAGAGCCUGUCAGAGGGAUGGUGGCGGAAGCUCAACUGUCUGAUUGGAGAGGGGAGCUGUGAACUCAAAUGAGAAGUUAGAUGUUGUUAGUUUUUAUUUUAGCCAGCUGUUCAGUGAAGGCAUCACAACCCAUGAGAUCAGAAACACGUGCAUACAGGACAACUUAGAAAACUGCACACAACCUUCAUUAGUCUUUCACAAUCAUACAGUCAGUGGGGAGUGUUGAGAGCAGAGC